GGAGUGGGUGGGGUCACAAAGAGCCAAGAUGGCUGACUUUGAGGAGCCGCUGUCAGAUGAAGCGAAGGUCCGCAUAGCGGCCAACUUUGUGACUCACGCCCCCCCUGGAGAGUUCAACGAGGUCUUCAAUGAUGUGCGGCUUCUUCUCAACAACGACAACCUCCUUAGGGAGGGCGCAUCAGAGUCCUUUGCCCAGUACAACAUGGAUCAGUUUACUCCCGCCAAACUAGAGGGCUACGAUGAGCCGGUCCUGAUCACAGAGCAUGGUGACUUGGGUCAAGGACGUUUCCUGGACCCCCGCAACCGUUUGUCGUUCCGCUUCGACCACCUGAGAAAAGAGGUGAGCGACGUGCAGCCCUACGAUGGAGAGACGCCAUUGAAAAGCUGGAGAGAUACCUGUGAUGGUAUGCUCAGUGCCUACGUCAAAAAGCACUACCCUACAGGAGUGUGUACGGUAUAUGGGAAAACCGUUGACGGUCAGCAGACAAUUAUAGUCUGCAUUGAAGGACACCAGUUUCAACCCAAAAACUUCUGGAACGGUCGCUGUAGGUCAGAGUGGAAGCUUACGAUUGGACAGUCCACUGCUCAGGUGGUGGGAGUAUUGAAAAUCCAGGUGCAUUAUUAUGAAGAUGGGAAUGUGCAGCUGGUUAGCCAUAAGGAGGUUGAAGACUCAUUACCUGUGACUAAUGAAACGCAGACAGCUCAGGCAUUCGUUGACGUCAUUUCAAAUGCGGAAAAUGACUACCAGACUGCAAUCAGUGAAAACUACCAGACCAUGUCUGACACAACCUUUAAGGCCCUGCGUCGCCAGCUGCCUGUCACACGCACUAAAAUCGACUGGAAUAAGAUUCUCAGUUACAAGAUUGGCAAGGAGAUGCAGAAUGCCUAGAGGAGGGUCAGGGACUGACCAGGGAGACACAUUCUCCCAGUGGCCCUCAACCUAACUGUACAUGAGAAGGACUAACCAAAGCAAAACUAUAUCAAUACGGGGCAAGGAAUUAAUUAAAAAAAAAAAAAAGUGUAACUGAAGAUUUACAGACUGUUAGGCACAGAUAUCAGUCUGCUGUGAGGAAGGUGCAGCUCUAAUUAGUUAUCAUGGUUUGCAGGAACUGUUUUUUUUUUUUUUUUUGGGGUGUGUGUUGGGACAGUGUGCAGGGCUGUGCUCGGGACUUCUACACAAGCUUUUCCUUCGGCCAUUUAAGGGAUCAGGCCUCCCUAUAUUCAGGUAUGAGAAGUCAAAAUAUAUAUUUUUCCUUUUUAAAAUAGACAAAGACAGCACAGAAGGAAAGAACCAGGACACAUGAGGCAGCUGAUGAGAGAAAUUAAGCACACCAUCGUAUAUCAGGGUUUGAUUUUGGGAAAAAAAAAUAAUGAAUUUUGUGAAAGUUUUUGUAGUUGCCAUGUUUGGUGGGUUUGGAAAUGUGACCAUCAGAGAAAUAUGGAGAUUUAAAAGAAAAUGAAUAGCAGUGAUCUGGCUGUAUUUCUGAAGUGACAUGAACUUCAUUAAUCUUACAAAAAAAAACUGUGUAAGAGUAGCACAAUCCUUAGCAUAGCUCUGUUCCUGCACCCGUAUGUUUGUCGGUAUCCGUUAGGGCCAAGGGAAUGUUUACUGGCUUUCUGUUGUGCUCCAAUGAUGUAUGGUCUCUCCACCCGUGCAAGCUACGGUAACUGAAAUAAGAUAAGCGACUCCUACGCUGCCGCAUCUCUAAUGCAUUCUAUAUACUCUCUACUUUGGCAACACCUCCAUUGUUGUACAGCUUUUCCUUUGUAAAAAGGAUAACAUACUCAUAUAACCAACAUUUAUUUGCCAAAAUCUCUUUCCUAUGGUAAAGAACUCCAUCCUCCCACCCAUGUAUGCAAAAUUUCUAUUUUACUACGCUGGUUUUUGUUGGAGUCUUAGAAUAUUGCACUCUGAACCGUUCGUGUAUUGGUUGAUGCCAAGUUAAUGCGAAGCAGUUGCCGUGUAAGGUGAGCUCACAUAACUGUAAAAACGUUACAUGACUUCUGCAAGGCCACAUCAUACUCUGUGUGUUACUUGACUUCUAAGUAGGCUGACUCUGGAUCAGUUACUUGUUAGCUAUACAUUAACGUGCGUUGUUCAAACCUCACAAUAUACUACAACUGUGUGCCGAUCAGUUAUAACGUUCAAGACUGUACUGCCCCAUUCUGUUCAAAUAAAUGGAUUGAACAUCUUGA